AGAAGCAACGCGCUCCAUUAACACAGCGCACUGGUCCCUCGUUGCUUCCCGUAGUAAAGAAACCACGUUAAAACAAGUAUUCUGACUAUUCAAGCUUGAUCAGAAAUAAAAAAACAUAAUCUGUUAAGUAUUUAAAACCUUAAACUGAAGUAUCCUUACAUGUAAAUCCGUCUGUGGCGUUUCGUGUGUUCUGGCAAGACUCGGCUGCCGUAGUGACAACAUGGUGCUGGAGAAGAAAAGCUCCGCUCGUGUGGAGGCUGACUCCAGACGCAGAGUUCUAGAUGAAGCGACGAGGCAGAGGAGGCUGAGCCGGCAGCUGGAGGCUCUGGAGAAAGAUAACUUCCAGGACGACCCCCUGUCCUCGCUGCCUCCCCAGGUCCUACUGCCCGCCUACCUACCUUCAGCGAGACAGAGGAGCCAGGUGAGAGGACUCAAUCAGAUAGAAAUGAAACUGAUCAUUCACUCCAAAGAACUCGACUUGAUGCCGUUUGGCUUCACACUGUGUCUCUGGUACAACAUGGCUGAUGUUAGCUUAGCAACCGAAGCUAAACUCACUAUUGACUACUUGUUGCUAUCCUCUUGUGGCAGAAGCCGUUUUCUACAGGCACAUUUGACCUUUUCAUUAUGAUUCUACUUGUGAUAGUCGGACAUGACGACCUGUGCAGCCCUUGCAUUGAUUCCAUCUGAUAGCUGCUAUAAUACAAAACAACACGUCUGCCUGCUCUCCACGAUGAUCAAUGGAGCUGAGUCUCUCUCUGGAACAUGGAGCAUCUCUCUGAGGGACAGGUGGAGCUGAGUCUCUCUCUCUGGAACAUGGAGCAUCUCUCUGAGGGACAGAUGGAGCUGAGUCUCUCUCUCUGGAACAUGGAGCAUCUCUCUGAGGGACAGAUGGAGCUGAGUCUCUCUCUGGAACAUGGAGCAUCUCUCUGAGGGACAGAUGGAGCUGAGUCUCUCUCUGGAACAUGGAGCAUCUCUCUGAGGGACAGAUGGAGCUGAGUCUCUCUCUCUGGAACAUGGAGCAUCUCUCUGAGGGACAGGUGGAGCUGAGUCUCUCUCUCUGGAACAUGGAGCAUCUCUCUGAGGGAC